AUGACUGCAACAGCUACCCGGACGUUUUCAAUUCCAAGACCAUCUGAAGCGGAGUUUCGCCGACUUCAUAAUUCAAGGCAUGGCGAAAUUGCCCAAGCUCUGGACAUGGAUGAUGAGGAUUUCACGGUGUUCAAGAGACAAGUGCGUGAGAAGAUGUAUGCAUCGCUCGAUCCCUCGAAGAAAUUCGACGAACAAGAUCCUUCAGCCUGGCGAAGAUUUGUACAAUGGGCUUAUGAAACCAUGCCCUCCCUGAUUUCGAAAUAUGAAGAUGCAUGGCCGGUUGAGCUAUAUGUGAAAAUCAGCCUCAGCAAGCGUAUUGCGCACGAGCGCUUCCGAUUCAGAAAGGCGGUGGCAAAGUAUAAACAGACGAUGACCAUGAGGUCUUCUUCCUCUGCAGGUGAAGCGGAGAUGUCACCGACCGACCUGCCGCCCCCCUACGAUGAGAUAGAUCGAGUGACAGACAGCGAGACUCCCGGUGCACACAUGCAUCCGGAUGCUGUUCCCGAAAACAUUGAGAAGUUUUUGAGAUCCUGUGAUUUUGAUCUCGGGCAUCUCACUGGUACUUUCGUCACCCGACGAGCAGGUCUUUUCAAUUUGGGAAGACUAGAGCUUCUCGCGUCAUGGCCUGCCGCGUUAAGACGCGACCACUUGGAGAGACACUUUGGCACUAUGCUCGAUGAUGUCGAGAUAGAGGUUUUGAACAAGCGAUUUGUCGAGAUGAGCCAUGUUCAAAUCUAA